GUGACCGCCCGCUGGCGCGCGAGCGGCGGCGGCAGCGGCGGCGGAAGUGGCCGGCGAGCUCGGUGCCUGCCGACACCAUGACGGGUAAACUGAGGCCGGAGAGGGAGAGGACCCGCUGAAGUGCCAAGUGAAUGCAGCAGAGUGAGUUUUCGGGCAAGGAAGUGGCUCCGAGUGCAUCCGACCCAGUCUAACCGCACGCAUUGGAAAACUGGAGCUCCAGGAGCUAGGGGACCGGUCUGAGUUCUCAAACUGCCCUUGUCGCUGCUCAAGACGGCUCAGAAUCACCCCAUGUUGGUGGAGCUUAAAAACGGGGAGACGUACAAUGGUCACCUGGUGAGCUGUGACAACUGGAUGAACAUCAACCUGCGCGAGGUGAUCUGCACAUCCAGGGACGGGGACAAGUUCUGGCGGAUGCCCGAGUGCUACAUUCGGGGCAGCACCAUCAAGUACUUGCGCAUUCCUGACGAGAUCAUUGACAUGGUCAAGGAGGAGGUGGUGGCCAAGGGCCGUGGCCGCGGAGGCCUGCAGCAGCAGAAGCAGCAGAAGGGCCGAGGCAUGGGGGGCGCCGGGCGAGGUGUGUUUGGCGGCCGGGGCCGCGGUGGCAUCCCAGGCACAGGCCGGGGUCAGCCCGAGAAGAAGCCGGGCCGCCAGGCAGGCAAGCAGUGAGGCGUCCCCAUCCCCAUGGAGACCCAGCGCCGCCACCUUCACCGCCGCCCCGGGCCUCUGCUGCCACGCCCAAGCCACGGCUCUGCUCUGCCUCCAGCUCACAAGUCUGUGGAGAACGACACAGCGGAGAGAGGAGGGAGAGAGGAGGCAGGGGUUGGUGCCCCCCCCCCCCCCCCCCCCCCCGCCCCGUGCAUUUUGUGACCCUCCAUUUUACGUAAAGUCCCUUUUUUUGUAGCCACUGUUUCUACAGCUGGCAGUGUUAUCUGCUUCUGGUGUUGUGAAGUCACAGCUGACUUGAUUCCUGGAAGAUUCUGUUUAAUACGUCCUUCAGGCCCUCUUGUUUUAAGGGCAGGCAUAUUCCAAACAGGUUUAUUUGGCGGUUUUUGUUGGAUUCUUGCGUGGAGAGCAAAUGGCAGUCUUUUAUUUUAAGCUGUUUGCACUGAGGUUGACAGCCUCACGAGUUUCCUGAAACACAGACCCCAAAGUUGCCUUUUCAGAGCAAAUUCGGACGAACCUAUGCCUCCGAAGCUGUUCCGGGGCAUCGGUGGGCCCUGCCCUUCCUCUCUCCCUGUUUGUGUUAGAAAAAUAAAAACAAAUACAGCUA